AUGAGUACUGAGGGUGGCAGGCUCUGGCUGCAGCCGCGGCCGGCCUGGCUCUGCGGAGCGCGCGCGGGCAGCGGGGGAGGCAGCGGCGCCAGCUCCGCUCGCUCCCCGCCCCCAAGGUUGGGCCGCUGGGACGCGAUCAGCGACAGACAGCGGUCCGGGACGGCGGAAGGACGAGCGCUCCGAGGCGCAGGGGUUUGGCCCUCUCGCCGCCGCGUUGCCAGUAGGCCCAGGGCCCCCAGCCAGUCCCCAGCCCUGCUGGGAGCCCCGGCCAGCACCACGGACGGCACCCAGGAAGCCCGAGUCCCCCUGGACGGGGCCUUCUGGAUUCCCAGGCCACCAGCAGGUUCACCCAAGGGCUGCUUCACCUGUGUGUCCAAGCCUCCUGCCCUGCAGGCUGCAGCAGCUCCGGCCCCUGAGCCAUCGGCCUCGCCCCCCAUGGCACCCACUCUGUUCCCCAUGGAAUCUAAAAGCAGCAAGACUGACAGCGUUCGGGCAUCGGGUGUCCCCCAGGCCUGCAAGCACUUAGCUGAGAAGAAGACCAUGACGAACCCUACAACAGUCAUCGAGGUCUACCCGGACACCACGGAGGUGAACGACUACUAUCUGUGGUCCAUCUUCAACUUCGUCUACCUCAACUUCUGCUGCCUGGGCUUUAUUGCUCUGGCCUACUCCCUCAAAGUUCGGGACAAGAAGCUCCUGAAUGACCUGAAUGGAGCCGUGGAAGAUGCCAAGACAGCGCGGCUGUUUAACAUCACCAGCUCUGCGCUGGCAGCCUCCUGCAUCAUCCUCAUCUUCAUUUUCCUGCGGUACCCCCUCACUGACUACUGAGUCCAGCAGGCAGUGGCCUUGGAGACACAGCACUGAGACUGAUGGUCACUGAGAUUCAGGACGCUAAGAGUGUGGGGGCAGAAUGGGCUUUUACCAAGGCCCAGAGCCAUGCAUGGCAGCAAGGCCGCCAGAAGCUGAGUGCCCAGUGGAGUGGUACACUCCUCCCAGCCACCCUAUCUGUCUCCUGCCCCUGUCCUGAUGUCACUGGAUCUCUAGGCUCCCACUCACAAAGCUGCCUGGUUGUCAGUGGCUGCCAACCCAUGCAUCCUACCCAGGCUCCUGCAUUCCUCAGACCUGACACCCAGCAAGAAGGGCUUAUGUGGGAGCUCCCAGGAUAGGAGCUGCCAGCACCAGGGGCUCCCUCACUCCUGAUCCCAACUUCCUCCAAGCUGUGACCCCUGCUCUGAGCUCUUGUGUCUGUGAACUUUCAUUAAAACAUGUGCCCAGCUCA